AUGGGGGGCUCGGUGCCUGGAAAGCGUGGCCAGCAGCAGCAGCAGCCCCCCGCGAGCGUCCGCUGGAGCGCGGCGGCGGCGGCCUCUCCGGGGCGCAAAGGCUCCGGGGCGCAGCAGCGGGUCCCCGACCUGGCCGAGGGUCGCGGCGGCGGCGGGCGGGCUUGCUCGCGAGUCAAGCGCCGGGCGUCCCUGGGCGGGGCGGGGCGGGGGAGGCGGCCCGGACUUGGGCGGGCUUCCUCGGGAGUCGGGCUGCAGCGGGGCGGCGUCGAGCCGGAUCCCGCCCUCGCCGGGGGAAGCCCGAAGCCCCCCGGCCCGCCGCCGCCGCCCCCCCUGCCCGUGGCCAGCGGGCCCGGCGGCCAGCAGUGCCCGCAGGCGCUGAUCGUGGGCGUCAAGAAGGGGGGCACCCGCGCCCUGCUCGAGUUCCUCCGCGUCCACCCCGACGUGCGCGCCCUGGGCGCAGAGCCCCACUUCUUCGACCGGCACUACCACCGCGGACUCCUCUGGUACAGAAACCUGAUGCCAAGGACGCUGGAGGGGCAGAUCACCAUGGAGAAGACGCCGAGCUACUUUGUGACGAAGGAAGCCCCCCGGCGCAUUUACAACAUGUCCAGGGACACCAAGCUGAUAGUGGUGGUGCGCAACCCGGUGACGCGGGCCAUCUCGGACUACACCCAGACCCUCUCCAAAAACCCCACUCUCCCCUCCUUCCAAGCCUUGGCCUUCAAGAACCUCAGCACGGGCCUCAUCGAUGUCACCUGGAGCGCCGUGCGGAUCGGCAUUUACGCCAAGCACCUCGACAACUGGCUGCGGUAUUUCCCCCUGUCAAAAUUCCUCUUUGUCAGCGGGGAGAGGCUGGUGAGUGACCCGGCCGGGGAGAUGGGACGCGUCCAGGAUUUCCUGGGCCUCAAGAGGGUGGUGACGGACAAGCACUUCUACUUCAACGAGACCAAGGGCUUCCCAUGCCUGAAGAAGCCGGAAGGGAGCAGCCGGCCGCGGUGCCUGGGCAAGUCCAAGGGGCGGCCGCACCCCAAAAUUGACCCGCAGGUCAUCCGACGCCUUCAGGAGUUCUACCGACCCUUCAACAUGAAGUUCUAUCAGAUGACGGGCCAGGACUUUGGGUGGGACUGACCGCAAGACCAC